GGACGUUCAAGCCAAAAACACAACAGUCACGUGCGUUUACGUCUACAUUUAAGCGUUUAGCAGACGCUUUUAUCCAAAGCGACGUACAAGAGAGGAAUAAGCUACAUAGAAAUAGUCUAGGAAAGAGGUCUGAUACAGGGUGACAGUGCCGUGGUAGAUCCAAGUGCGCGUUUAGUUCUUAUUUUGUAAAGCGCACGCUGACGUGCGUAUGACAACGUUUGGUGUUGGUGUGAUGGAGAGAUGACUUCCGCUGCCGUAACCGCUUUAAACACUCUGACGAGACCCCUGAACGAGGCGCGUGUGCAUGAUGUUCAGGCCUCGCACCAGGACACUCUGCUGGCUGCGCUGUGUGCGAACAGAGCUCUUCUCCUGGAGCAGCUGCAGGGGGACAGGGGCUUGGAGGAGGUGAGGAGGCUCAGGGAGGAGGUGAUGGCAGUGGCUCAGUGGUUUUCCAGUGACACGGAGGAUGCCACUUGGGGCUUUGUCCAGGAGUGUCUCCUGCUGCUCCUCGCCUUGACCCGACACCUUUCUGUUGAAGUGGAAGUCUUUAAUCAGAGCCAGACUCUGGGAAACAAACACACGGCUGAGGGGGCCCCACCUUUACCCCCUGACGUUCUCAGCGUCAGCCAGCAGAAGACGCUCGGAGCUGCUCUACAGUUUGUCGUCUCUCUGGGACUCUGCCCUUACUUGGCUCCUGGAGUGGGCGUGCCUCUGGGCCACAGGUCAGUGUUCGCAGUCACGGUGGAAAAACUGGUCCACGGUGGCUCUGGAUCUGCAGAGGCCACGCGCCGUCUCCUCACCACCACCAGUGUCCUGCUGCAGUUGGCAGAGCUGUCUUCUCUCGCCACCUUGGUGUUCACGCAGCAUCUGGGAGACGUGAUGGCGGCGCUCUGCCAGCUCGGCUACCAGCCGCACCGCGCCACAGACGAGGUGACACAUAAACAACAACCACAGAAGCAGAAUCUCACUGCUGAUGAACGUCAAACCUGCAGGAACGCUCUCGGACACCUGCUUGGAAGAGUCUACCAGCCAAUCGUCAUCAAGGAGCUGCUGGUCCUGCAAGGUGGACCCAGACAGUGCGUUGCAGGGGGAGGCCUCGGUGGGUCCAGCAGCAGCAGCAGAUCAGCUCCAGCGUGGCUGAGGCGUCUGUGUGGUCAGCUGCUGUCUGAGCGUCUGAUGCAGCCAAACGGUGUCCAUGCUGUGGUCAGGGCCGUACUGGGAGGAGGAACUGGGGGCGAGUCUGACUGGAGAAAGUGUGACAGUGUGGCCAGGAUCCUGGUGGCUUGCCCUCAACAGUCUGCCUCAAUGGACAGUUACUAUGGACAAGUGUGUCCUCGGAUCCUCGACCUCCUGCACCACAAAGACAAGCUCACUGCCCAGCAGUUUCAGCGGGUGGCCACCAGGGCGUCGCUGUUCAUGGUGCAGGAGAAGCCCCACUUUGCACAGCAGUACCUGCUCGCCCCGCUGCUCGCACCUCUCCACCGCUGCAGCACCGCCUCAGGUGAAGGUGGACGCUCUGCUGCUGUGGACGAGUGUGAGCUGACGCGCUGUGUGGAGGACACGUACAAGAUCUGUGUGGUUGGAAACAGUCCAUCAGCUCCUCUUCUCAAAGCUCUGGAGGAAGUUCUCCCUGUUGUCUUCACACUCUUCUGUUUCACCAAGCGGAACGUCUCACACCUACGCGCCCCCUGUCAAGACAUUUUGUUGUGGUACCUGAGCUGUACGGCGUCGUCUGUCGCGCUAUCGGCACUGAAGCAGCUCUCAGGUCUGCAGCGGUGGCAGAAUGAGGCUGCCGCCCACUGCCACUUCACUCCAGGCAGUGAGGGAGGAGCCAAGUUUGACGCCACAGACGGAAUCAGUGCUGCUGCCACUGAUGAUGAGGAUGAUGAGGAGGAGGAGGCUCUGUAUGAGAAGCUGUCUGAGGAGCAGUGGAGGCUGGAGUGUCUAAUGUCUCUGCUGAGUGAGCUCACAGCUUCUGAUCUGCCCGGAGACUUCUUCUUACACCUGCUGCAGGAGCUGACCAGCUGGACAGCUGCAGCACACGAUGCCAAGGAGGACGAGUGUGACCUGGACGUGUCGGCCAUGACGCUCCUGGAAGUGGAGCAGCAGCUGCUGAGUCGCGGCAAGAGGCGGGGCCAGCGGCUGGUGUUACUGCAGGUGCUCGCUGUGAUGGUGGAGUCUGUGCAGCACAGUGUGCUCCUGAGAAAACCCACGCAGGUUGUGGAUUUUAUCGUGUCUCUGGUUCAGAGAGCCUGUGUGGCUCUGGAUCAGGACCAUGACCUGAGUCUAGAGAACCCAGUGGAGAGCCAGACCCUGAGCAUGGGGAUGGGCCUGGUGGCCACUCUGCUGUCUGGACCUCCGCUCUGUGCAGGGGAGUACACCUGUAUGUCGAGGUUGCUGCCACCACUGGAGACGCUGGCUGAGAAACACCCUGAGGUCGUCAUCCAGGAGCUGGCGUCCAACCUCAGAGCUGUCAUCGCGACUCACGGCGCUUACAGGCCUGAAAACGCCACCGCUGCUGCGACCCGGACCCCCAGGAGACCAGAGACCAGGGACGGCUUGAAGCAGCAGAAGAUGCAAACCGAGGGAGAGAAGUCAAGGACGAGUCCACGGUCAACCGCCACAGACGUUAAAUCAUCUCUGUCCUCGACCAAACCCUUCUCUGAUUGGAUGUUAGAGGCAUGUGACCCAGACGUACCGACCAGAGUGUUCGCCCUGAGGGUCCUGACCCAGAUGGUGCAAAAUAAAAACCCAGAAGCUCUUCACGUCCAGGAGAAAGUGGUCACGCUUUUCUUAGAAAACCUGGAGCACGACGACUCCUUCGUUUACCUCUCAGCCAUCCAGGGGCUGGCGGUGCUCGCUGAUUCCUUCCCUGAGAAGAUCCUGCAAAGGCUCCUGAGAGACUUUCAGCACAGUCCAUCUCUGCCAACGUCUGAGCCGCAGCGAUCGCUGGAAACACGCCUGAAAGUGGGUGAAGUCCUGAUGAGGGCGAGCAGGGCCAUGGGUGAGCAUUUGCUGCUGUUUUGUUGCUAAUAUUGAACGUUAAAGGGUCGGUGGUCAGUGUUUGUCAAACCUGCACAUGAUGAUGU